AUGGUCCAGGCCUCCACAAUGGCGUCUGCUACGCUGAUCGUGACUCUGGUUGCUUGGUGCUGUCUGGUCAGCGCUGCUCGUGCCGAUCUGGGCUACGCUCCUUCGGACUUAACAAAUGAAGUCUCGCUGCAGGCCCUGUUCGAGCGAUGGUCCGUGAAGCACGGCAUGGUUUUCGGGGUCGCUGAGAAGGAAUCGCGCUUUCGCACGUUCGUGGAUAACCUGCACUUCGUUCACAACCUGAACUCGCAGGGCAAGAAGUUUACUCUUGCUCUCAAUGAGUUCGCUCACCUGUCGCACGAGGAGUUCAAGUCGACGCGCUUGGGCUUCCGUAAGGACAUCGACUCUCGCAGCGACAGGCCGCUUCGCGGGAACUUCAUGCACGCUGAUGUCAGCGCUCCUGAGGAAGUCGACUGGCGGAAGGAGGGAGCGGUGACUGAAGUCAAGAAUCAGGGUCAAUGCGGGAGUUGCUGGGCAUUUUCCACUACUGGAGCUGUCGAAGGUAUCAACAAGAUCGUGACUGGCGAGCUAAUUUCGCUGUCAGAGCAGGAGCUGGUUGACUGCGACACGAAUAAGGAUCAAGGAUGUGGUGGUGGCCUCAUGGACUACGCGUUCGAAUUCAUCAUUAAGAACGGCGGCCUUGACACGGAGGAGGAUUAUCCUUACGACGCAACAGCGCACAAGUGCAACAAGGCUAAGAUGAACACCCACGUUGUCACAAUUGACGAUUUCGAAGACGUUCCUUCCAACAGCGAGGCCGGCCUCAAGAAGGCGCUCGCGGUUCAGCCUGUUUCUGUCGCAAUCGAGGCGGAUCGCCGGGAAUUCCAGUUUUAUUCGAGUGGAAUUUUUGACGCCGAGUGUGGCACAGAUCUGGACCAUGGCGUUCUUGCCGUCGGAUACGGCACAGAGAACGGAACGGAUUACUGGAUUGUGAAGAACUCGUGGGGUCCUCGCUGGGGUGACCAUGGCUACAUCAGGCUGGUCAGAAACGUUGAAGCUGAGGAAGGCCAGUGCGGUAUCGCCAUGCAGGCAUCCUACCCUAUCAAGAAGGGGCCCAACCCACCUCCUGGCCCUCAGCCUCCUCCCACUCCUCCCUCUCCUGAGGUGUGUGACCGCAAGCAUGAGUGCCCUCACGGCACGACCUGCUGCUGCGGUCUCCCACUUGGAAAGGUGUGCCUGUCGUGGGGAUGCUGCCCCAUGGAGCAUGCUACCUGCUGCGACGACCACCACCACUGCUGCCCUCAGCAGUAUCCCGUCUGCCGCACUGACAUUGGCAUUUGCACAAUGAGCCCCAACAUGGAGUUUGGAGUGCCGCUGGUCACUCGCUCCCAGGCCCAUUUCCGCUGGCCGUUCCUGCGCGAUGUGCUCGGGCGCAAGGCCUCCGCAAUGGCGUCUGCUACGCUGGUCGUGACUCUGGUUGCUUGGUGCUGUCUGGUCAGCGCUGCUCGUGCCGAUCUGGGCUACGUUCCUUCGGACUUAACUAAUGAAGUCUCGCUGCAGGCCCUGUUCGAGCGAUGGUCCGUGAAGCACGGCAUGGUUUUCGGGGUCGCUGAGAAGGAAUCGCGCUUUCGCACGUUCGUGGAUAACCUGCACUUCGUUCACAACCUGAACUCGCAGGGCAAGAAGUUUACUCUUGCUCUCAAUGAGUUCGCUCACCUGUCGCACGAGGAGUUCAAGUCGACGCGCUUGGGCUUCCGUAAGGACAUGGAUUCUCGCAGCGGCAGGCCGCUUCGCGGAAACUUCAUGCACGCUGACGUGAACGCUCCCGAGGAAGUCGAUUGGCGGAAGGAGGGAGCAGUGACUGAAGUCAAGAAUCAGGGUCAAUGCGGGAGUUGCUGGGCGUUUUCGACUACUGGAGCUGUCGAAGGUAUUAACAAGAUUGUGACUGGCGAGCUGAUUUCGCUGUCAGAGCAGGAGCUGGUUGACUGCGACACGAAGAAGGAUCAGGGUUGUGGUGGUGGACUUAUGGACUUCGCGUUCGAAUUCAUCAUUAAGAACGGCGGUCUUGACACCGAGGAGGAUUAUCCUUACGACGCAACCGCGCACAAGUGCAACAAGGCGAAGAUGAACACCCACGUUGUUACAAUUGACGACUACGAAGACGUUCCUAACAACAGCGAGGCCGGCCUCGAGAAGGCGCUCGCGGUUCAGCCUGUUUCCGUCGCAAUCGAGGCGGAUCGCCGGGAAUUCCAGUUCUAUUCGAGUGGUAUUUUCGACGGCGAGUGCGGCACAGAUCUGGACCAUGACGUCCUGGCCGUCGGAUACGGCACAGAGAACGGAACGGAUUACUGGAUUGUGAAGAACUCGUGGGGUCCUCGCUGGGGUGACCACGGCUACAUCAGGCUGGUCAGGAACGUCGAAGCUGAGGAAGGCCAGUGCGGUAUCGCUAUGCAGGCAUCCUACCCUAUCAAGAAGGGGCCCAACCCACCUCCCGGCCCUCAGCCUCCUCCUACUCCUCCUCCCUCUCCUGAGGUGUGUGACCGCAAGCACGAGUGCCCCCACGGCACCACCUGCUGCUGUGGUCUCCCUCUUGGAAAGGUGUGCCUGUCAUGGGGAUGCUGCCCCAUGGAGCAUGCCACCUGCUGCGACGACCACCAGCACUGCUGCCCUCAGCAGUAUCCCGUCUGCCGCACUGACAUUGGCACCUGCACAAUGAGCUCCAAUAUGGAGUUCGGGGUGCCGCUGCUCACUCGCUCCCUGGCCCAUAUCCGCUGGCCCUUCCUUCGUGAUGUGCUCGGGCGCAAGGUGGGGCAGGAACAGGAGAAUGCCUUCUAG